AUGAGUACUACAGGGAAAGUUAUCAGGUGCAGAGCAGCCAUACUCUGGAAGCCUGCUGGACCAUUUUCCAUUGAGAAGGUAGAAGUGGCUCCACCAAAGGCAAAGGAAGUUCACAUAAAGUUCAUCAUGGCCACGGGGCUCUGUGGUACAGAGAUGAAAAUGUUGAAGGAUAAAACCCUUCACCACCAUCAUUAUCCUAUCAUGGUGGGCCAUGAAGGGGCUGGAAUAGUCGAGAGUGUGGGAGAAGGAGUGAGCACAGUGAAAACAGUUAAUUUACAAUUUUCUUGCCUGCACAUCACACCUGGUUCUACAUGUGCCAUCUUUGGCCUAAGAGGUGUCGGUCUUUCUGCUGUAAUCAGUUAUAAAGCAGCAGGAGCUUCCAGAAUCAUAGUUAUUGACAUCAAAAGUGAGAAGUUUACAAAGGCCAGAGCCCUUGGAGCCACCGACUGCCUCGAUCCUAAAGACCUAGAUAAACCCAUUCAGGAGAUCAUCGUUGAAAUGACCAAUGGAGGUGUGGAUUUUGCCUUUGAGUGUGUAGGUUGGAAAGGUAUCGAUUCUGUCCAAAAGCUGGCUGCUGACUACAAGAAUAAGAAAUUCGAUCUGGAUGCAUUGGUGUCCCAUACCCUUGCCUUUGACAAAGUUAAUGAGGCAUUUGACCUAAUGUACCAAGGAAAAAGGUAA